AGAGAAACCAUUUCUUGACCACGAAACGGAGUCGACGUUAGCAACGAGGCAGAUAGACUCGGCCAAAAUCGCGUUGGGGAGAAACGAGCGGUGUCGAGCUCAUCAAUGCCGGAUCUCGUGAGCCGCCGCCGCCGGCGCCCUUUCUCCCGCGCGUGCGCCUGCUGCUCCCGCCUCCCUUUCCUUCCCGCGCGCGCCCCUGCUGCUCCCGCCUCCCUCUUCUGCGUGCUCGGCGUCUCGCGCCGAUUUCUUCCACGGCGGACUGCUCCCGCCAUCGACGGAGCUGCAGCUCGCGCGCGCACUUCCGGCAGCAUCCCGCCUCCAGUUUCCUUUCCCGCGCGCGAGCAACAUCUUCCCGCGCUCGCUCGAUUGGUUCCUCACCCACCGCCACUGCCUCCAAAUAUCCCUCUCGAAGCCCCCAGUUCCAAACCCUAGCCAUCCUCCCCCAAAUCCAUACCAAAUCUCUGGGACCAUGAAUGCACUUCGGCCUCCAUCGUCAAGUUCCAGGCAAGGGAAGGCAGGGUGAGGCAUGGGUGCUCUGGGCGCCGUCAAUGGUCGACGUGUUGUUGCUCCGGUUGCCCCUGCGGAUGGAUCGAGUUUGGAUGUCGGUGAACCCAGCGCCCUACCUGCAGAAACAUCUCCAACGCUUGAGAGUCUUCGAGCUGCCGGUUUUCCUGAGUGGUGGAAACAAUCCUCUUCGUUGGGCUCAAGUGAAGGGUAACAAUUUUACCUCACAGGAUGCAGUCAUUAUCCAGGUUCUUGUAGUCAUUAUUCAGGUUCUAGUGCUGAAUGCAAUUGGGUAUGAGUGCUUGUGUCUAGUGUUGUGAGGUCUGUCAAUUAUGAUACUGAAUAUAUUCAGGUUUCAGUAAGAACAGGGAUGCCUAGCAAUAGAGGUCAUUAUUCUUGUAGUUUAUGAUCUGAAUAGUAGCUUGUUUCAUGCUGUCAUUUGGUACUCAAGUUAAAUCAGUACCUUGUUUAUAUAUAUGCUGCAAUAUUAUUUCAAUGCCUACCAUUACAGUAUAUCCUUUCCUGCAAGCAAUAGGGAAGAGGUUGCCUAUUUCUGUCGAACCAAAUUAUUGAUUGGCAACUGAAUAAUAGAAAGUUGCCAUGUUGUCUAAGUUACCACAUAUUGUCGUAAUGAUUUAUCUAUUUGGGAAUAAAGGAAUUACACAGUCAUGUUGCCAUGUUGUAGAUGUUAAUGUGACACAUAGUAUCUUGUUUGUUCCUCACUGGACAUGUUGCUUCCUUAGUUGUAAUUGAGUUGGUAAGGAAUUGAAUAUUUCUAUUUGUAGGAUAUACCCACAAGGAGGGUUUACAAAUUUGCUAAACUUAAACAGUGCUCCAGAAAUUUUUCAUUUUGUUGGCAAUACAAGAGGCACCAGUACAAUUUCGCCAACCAGUUUGAAAAGAACCCGACCAACUGAGAGCAAUGCACAUGAGAAAGAAACAAUUGUUCUUGAUGCGGAUGAAACGAACGAAGAUGAGAGGACUGAGAGGCGAUUAAAUUAUACAAAAGAAGAGGAUGUCAGAUUGGCUGCUGCUUGGCUGAUGCACUCAAAGGACCCAGUUGAAGGAACCGAUAGGAGUGGAGAUCAAUAUUGGUCGGCUGUAACUAAAGAAUAUAACAAAGGCACAAAGGUUAGUCGUAGAAGAAACCGGAACCAAUUGAAGAUCCGUUGGGAUCGUAUUAAGAAACCAGUGAUGGAGUUCCAUGGCUGCUGGACAAGUAUCACCAAAGUCUAUAGAAGUGGUUAUAGUGAUGACCAAAUGAUGGACAUGGCUGAAACGAUGUAUGCUAAAGACCACAACGAUAAAGAUUUCACGCUGAAGCACUUUUGGAAGGUUGUAAAGGGUGAAAGGAAGUGGUCUGCAUAUGUUAAAAGGGAAAUGGAAAAGGAUAACAAAGGUGCAUCUAUCAGGCUACGUAGAUGAUUGCCACAGUUGAUCUACUAGUUUAUUGUGUAGCAUUUAAGUUAAUUUCUAGUAUAUAAAUGCAUGUAGAAACUAAGCAUUGGGAAUGAUAGUUUCUACAACCCAUCAAUUGCUCUAUUUCUCUCUUAGAAUGUGAACCAAGAAACUGUGCAUCGGGACUGCCCUUAGCGUAUAUGUGCAAUUACAAGCCACUUAAGAUGUCAGUCUUAUUACCUCUACAGACUGUCGUAACCCCUAGAUCGUCUGAUGCCGUCGUAACGUUACGCCCGCCUGUCCCCUUCCAGCAGCAUUUCUUAGUAACUCUUACGUAUCCUGUCAUUUCUUCAACUAUCCUUUUCCCCUUUAUUAACCGGAACGCUGAAAAAGCGCUGCCUUCAUAGCAUCACCGGACCUGUCACCAGGCUGCUGCUGCGGCUUAAGCGCCCCCAAUAUUUUUAUGUUUUAGCCUUUUUUUUUAAAAAAAAUUACAUUUGUCCCGUCUGGAAACUUAAUUCGAAAUUUGGACCUAAGGAGUCGGCGCCAAGAACCCUGGCUCCGAGGUAAAACAUCUCGAAGCCUCACAUCUUGGCGCCGAGCUCGGAACCGCAGAUCUUAGCACCGAGCUCGGAGCCACAGAUUUUGGAUCCGACCUCGGAGCCACAGAUCUGGGCACCGAGAUCAGAUUUAUAACGCACACCCCAUCUUCCCUGCCCCGCCCAAGAGUGCUCUCAUUUCUCCUCACUGUCGGGUUCUAGCUCUCCUCUACCCUCCCAAUCUUUUGAAAUCUUUAAUUUUGACCGUUAAAAUUUGGAAUUGAUCCGUAGAUCUUCGCUAGCAAGGUAAUCUCUCUCCCCUCAUUUUUUAUCUUGUGUUUUGGUAUAUAUUUCAUGUAUUCUUAGAUUAAUGCUGACAGUGAUUAUUAAUUUAUUUAUUAUGUAACAGUAGGAUGCCAAGACGUCGUAAAGCUAGUAAGCCAAGCUAUGGAUGGAUGGCCGGUAGUCUGUACGACCUAAAGCCUCUCUCUAGCGGUGUUCCAAGACCCAUGUGCUUUUGUGGUGAUUCUUGUAAAGUAGAAAUUUCUGAAGAUGAGGAAACCUAUAACCAGAGGUAUUGGAUGUGUUCCAAUUUUGCAUGGAAGCCUACGCCACAACAACGCCUCAACAAAUAUAUUACCCCUCCACCGUUGUGUGAUUUUGAGCAGUGGAUCGACACUGAGAUUGAGGAGUCGGACAAGUGGCUUCUACAAAGCCUGAAGGAGUGGGAUGCAGAGCGUGCGAAGAUAUUCGAGAUGAGACGCAAAGAGAAGGCUCUACAGAAGGAGCACAAGGAAGAGGAGGAAAGGAGAUGUGUUGCUGCGUUAAGGGAGGAGAGAGAGAAGAAGCUUGAGCGUGUGCGCCGAGCAAAGGCAGUGAUGGAGGAGAAUCCCAAUGCACAGAGGAAGGGAAAGUGGCCUCGUUGCACUCAGUAAUUUUUAUUAAUGCUAGUUUUAUGAUUGUGUUGGACUAUGCAAUGCGGUAUCAUGUAAUGGACUUUAAGUAAGGCCGUAUGUAGGUCAUGUUAUGUGUUAACUAGUUUUUUUUGCCAUGUUUCAAGUAUUAUU